CGAGUGUGCGGAAAUUCGUGGGGGCGACAUUUCCACGCGACGGCGAGCAGCAGCGACACAUCGCGAGAUUCAUUCAUCGCUGCUUAGUUGCUCGUCAAUGAUAGCUUCCCGUCCAUUCAUAAAAAGAGCGCUCUCUCGUUCUCUCUCUCUCUCUCUCUCUCUUGGCGGACUCGACGGCGCAGCCCGCUAGAUGGCUCUGGCUCCCCUGCGACGUCCGCCGCCUCUUCCCCCUUGUCCUCCCCGCCACUGCGUGUGCACACGCACGGUCGAGCGUGUGUUCGUGCUGGCGAGGUUGUCUCGCUCGCACACGGGAUUUCCGGCGUCCGGUUGCACGCUCUCUCUCUCUCUCUCUCUCUCGCUGCUUGGCAAGCUUCAGUCACUCGGCAGUCCACGUCGCCAACAAACCAGCGGAGCAAGCAAUGCCAUCGCCGCUUAUAUAGAAAAACAGUGCGCGUGUGUCUGUGCCGUCAUUGAUGAUGAUGAUGAUGAUGAUGAUCGUCAUCCCGUGAUUACUUUCGGUGGGGAUGAAGCGCUUGUCGCGAGGGCGGGAGGAAGCAGCAGCAGCAGCAGCAGCAGCAGCGGAAAGUCGCGUCGCGUCGGAGCACCGUCAACGAGCAGCCAGCACCUCGCUAAUGGAACGGCUCUGCCUUGCGCGCCACCACCUCGCGCCGCAGGUUGGCAGCCGCCCCAGCCUCCUCACCGUCAGCCAGAAGCAGCCCCAGAAGCAGCCGUGGUCCCGCCGUCGCCAGCAGCAGCGCCAGCACUCGCCCCUCGGCCUACCCAGCAAUGGGCUAGUCAGCUGGCUCGCACCCACAGUCAGCUUCGCCCGCAGCAGCAUCAGCAGCCGCCGCGCCAGCAGCCGAUCACCCGCAGCCACAGCCAGCGAGAAGCAGCGCCUAGGGCCGCCGCCACGGACGCGGCCGACGGUUGGCAGUGGCUCGCGGCGCCGACAGUACUAGCGCCCCCGCGACCCAUGUCGCCCACCCAGAAUGCCCCGGACACCGCACAGAGACAGCAGCCGCGCGCGGCGCCGGCGCAGCCGCAGCCCGCGGCCUUCGCCGCCGCGGCGAGCUUCCGCAGCGCGGGCAGGGGCGCGCCGCAACCCGCGGCGGCCGGGCCCGGCGCCGCCGAGGUGAGCCUCGAGGCGCCGCGGCCCGACGGCGAGCGCCUCGCCAACGAGUACGUGGAGACGCCCCUUCGGGCCAACGGCCAGCAGCAGCAGCAGCAGCAGCUGCAGCGGCAGCGCAAGCAGGCGGCCGCGGCGGGCGAGCCGCCGGCGCCCGGCAAGCACUGCGCCGCCACGGGCAAGCAGCGCCGCAGCGGCGCGCCGGUCACCAAGCAGCCCGUGUCCUUCACCAAGGGCCCGGGCGCGCAGCAGCGGCCCGGCGGGCCACCGGUCGGCGCCGGCCCGCAGGCGCCGGACGCGGCCGGCCUGUCCAUCAUGUGCGAGCGCUGCGGCAAGUGCCGCUGCGAGAGCUGCCGCGAGCCGCCGCCGCUGCCGUCGCGCUGGCUCUGCGACAACGCCUGCUACUGCUCGGCCGAGACCGUGCUGGACUACGCCUCGUGCCUGUGCUGCGCCAAGGGCCUCUUCUACCACUGCAGUCUGGCGGGCAGCGACGACGCGACGGCCUGCGCCGACGAGCCCUGCAGCUGCGUCGGGCCCAGGCGCCUCGCCAGAUGGAGCUGCCUGUCGGCCCUGGCGCUGGUGCUGCCCUGCCUGCUCUGCUACUGGCCGCUCCGCGGCUGCGUCGCCCUCUGCGAGGCCGGCUACGCCAAGCACGCCGGCCAGGGCUGCAGCUGCGAGCAGCCCGAGCUCGGCGAGAAGAGGCUCCUCGCCCCGGAGUCCUCGUAACGCGGCACUCUGUGUCAUUGGUGUUGUGCGCUUUCUAACUUCAACUCUUGUUUUUACUUUUUUUUCUUUUCCGAUGACGGGGAUGUGCUUGCCAUAAGCCGACUCCCCGCGAAACCGACCCAAGUUCUACACAGCAUUUACACGAACGAUUUUUAUUUUUGAACCAAGUGCUUUAUUUAUUGUGGAGAAGAAGGACACUCGUCGAAAAUGCGGAAAGAACGAAGAGGAAAAGCCUCUUUAUUCCUUUCUUUCAACUUUUUUUGUUAUCAUUGAGGAAAAUAAUAAAACAACGCGAGUGAGAGUGAGAGUGACUGUCGCUCUGGAUAGAUAGCUCUAUAUUAUUAUACAUAUAUAAAUAAUAACUAUAUUUCGAAGAAAGAUGGAAGAACUAAAAAUAUAUAUUGUAUAUUACAUUUGUAUAAAGAUUACACUUUUCUACAGUUUAUUUAUUCGUGGGCGUUAUCGCGGGUAUACACACGCGCACACACACACGCACACACACACGCACGCACACACACACGCACGUACGCACGCACACGACAAACACGUAUACAUUCAAAGAACAUAGUUAUACGCGCAUACUCCAGAAAAAUGAACAACUAAUACUGAGAGAAGGCACAGAGGCAGGCGCGACGACGACUUUCUUUUUCUUUUGUUUUCUAUUAAACUUUUUUUGGUCGCAUUGCAAUUGCGAACGAGCGAACGAGCGCGUGAGUGCGAGGAAGUAAAAAAAAGCAUACAGCGAGAGAGGUGCGGUGUUGUACGUACGUCACUAUUAUGAAAGCCCGAGGACCGAUACGACAUACGUUCUUUUUUUCGUUGAGAAAAAUAUUAUUUUUUAUUACUAUAACUACUACUACUAUUAUAAUAUUAUUACUAUCGUAUAUUAUUAUUAUCUCGUAAUUAUUAUCGUUAUUAUUACUAUUAUAAUAAUUCUUUGGUCUCUGUCUUCGAUCGUGUUGUUGCGCCGCGCAACAAUCACGACAAGCGAACGGCUUGCAAAAGGCAUUGCGACAAACAAACAACGACGACGACGACGAAGACGAUGAUGAUCCAUACACGAUGAAAAUUUUGUAAGCACUCGGUCCUCGCGGUCGAUUGAACGUUUUUUUUUUUCAUUUUCACAGAAAAAGAAAGCAUAUUGUAAGCACGUUAUUAAUCGAUGGGCUAGAGAGAGAAAGACAAAACAUUUAUACAUAGACAGAGAAUGUGAGAAAGAAUGAGAGUGCCUGUUUUUUUUUUUUUUUUUUUGACUUUAUUAAUUUUUCCAGUAUUAUCUAGUCUUGCGAACGAGUUUUUUUGUCACCGCGGAAAAGGCUUUCUUAUCGAUUGGAAUAUAAAAAUACACACGAACACACACACACACGAACACAUGCGCGCGAAUAUGUCGUGAAGGCAGACAGGAAUCAUAACAAAAUGUACGAAGCGAAAACGACGAACUUGCUACUCAAGUCGGGAAAAGGGUGAAUCGAGUGAAAGAGAAGGCAAAGAGUCAAUCAAUCAUCAAGCGUUGCAUGUGUACACGAUAAAACGAUAUCAGUUUCUCGCGUUGCUCUCUCUCUCUCUCUCUUUUCCUUUCUCUCUUUCUCUCUCUCACUCUUCUGCAUUGGAAUUCGACGAUUGCGCGUACCGAAUUCCCGCGCAGAAAAUCUGAAAGCGAAGGAGAGAGAAAACAAGCAGCGAGCACACUUUACAAAUCAAACAAAAACACACGCGCACACAUACAUACACGCACGAGAGAAAAAAAUAUUUUAAACUAGAGCGUAAGUUCGCCGAUUUUUACGAAGAGGAACGAGGAGAGAAGACAAAGAAAGAAAAAAGAAAUUCCAUUCCUUCAGCACUGAUUUUUUUGUUUGUUUUAGUCUUUUUCUUUAUUUUGUUGUUCUCUUGAUGUAAUACAAACCAAUUUACACUAUACCGUAUCACGACUUUGCUCUGCACACACAAGCUACGGGGUUUCCACAACGUACAACCCGACUUUUAAAAGGAUUUUCGUUAACUAAAAACUUGUAUCGUUAGUGCGUGUGUGCGCGAAGCAGAAUAUAAAGUAAAACAAGACGACUGUCGUUUAUAAUAAUAAUAAAUAAUAAUGCCGUCACAAAGAAGCUGAAAGAAAGUAUAUCGCUAAUCAACGGGGUUAGCCCGACCCGCGCGUCGCUUGUAUGUCACACGUAAAUGUAAUUGUGUAUGUAUGUGUAAAUGAAUAUUGAGAGUGUCGAGAAAAACGAAUGUGUGUGUGUGUAUGUGUGUGUGUGUAUGUAUGUAUUAGAAAGAGAGAGAGAGAGAGAGAGAGAGAGGAAGUGACUCGCCAACAAUCGAAAGGUGAAAACUAUGGCAUACCCUUUCAAUUAACUGUAUAAGGCCUACACACGCUCUGUAUAUGUCUUGUAAAUAUAUAUAUUU